AGAUUCAUAUUAUUGCAAUGUUAGUCUAGGUCCCAGCAUUCGUGUCCAAGUUUCAGUUCAGUUAUAAUGGAAGGACAGCAGUGACUGAAAGUGAUUUCCCUGCUCCAGCAGGAAGGAUGUGAUAGCCUACAUGUUUCCCUUUAGUGUUUUAUGAACUUGCAUUAACUUCCUCAAGUGUACAUUUACAAUAAGGCUGAAGCUGCCAGCUGCCUGUUUUACUGAAAGAGAAGCCAAUUUUCCUGCAGUGAAUACAGAGAGUGUUUGGAAGGGUUUAGAAAAUGUAAAGUACCUUUUGUUGUUUGCUGUUGACUGUGGAAGCUGUAACGAUUCUGUUCUGGGUUUGCGAGGACUGUCAGUAUGCUAUGGAUUAUAGCCUAUAAAUAUUAUAAAGGAUGAAAAGCGCUCACAUGUGUUCCUUGACGUUCCUGGCACUUUUAUGUUUCUUAAAAGUAACGUUAAGUGAACUGUGCUCAUCUGUUCGAGCAAGUCGUGCUAAAAGGUUUGUGGCGGAGGGCGGGAGUCUCCAGUUGAGCUGUGAAGUACAACAUUGUGGCCUUCCUGGCUGGACUGGAGGAUGGUAUUUCCAGGAACUGGACCAAAUAGGAUUUACUUUACUCACUCCCUCUGAACGAAUCAAGAUGUCCAAUUACAGCUCAACAGCUAAUAGCACACAUCUGUUACUCCAUAUUCACAACAUCAACCAGUCAGAUGCUGGAGCAUACAUGUGCGAGACAUCCUGGCCUAAUAAUAUAAUUAGCAAAGGACACUUGACAUAUGUUAAUGUGACUGCAGCAGCAACAGCAGCAGCAGGAGCAGCAGACUCAUCAGACAGAAGCCUCUCUCAUAGAGUUCUGCUUUGUUUUGGUGCCUUGAUGUGUUUUCCUGUUGUUUUGGGAUUUGUUUGGUGUCUCACCCGGGAUCAUCAUCCACCACCACCCCCUGUCCCGCCUCACCCCCGAAUGUCCUAUGCAUAUAGAGUGAAACCAAAACAGGAAGUGGUGUAUGCAGAAGUUGCACUGAAUGAUUCAAGGCGGCAGAAUGAUCAUCCAAAACAAGCUUCUGAGCCAACUUUCUAUUCCUCUGUGCAUUUCUCCUGAACAUAAAGACAUCUUGCAUUUCUAUCUCAUAGAUGUGGGUUAUUUUCAAUACCAGAGCAAAUAUAACUGUAAACACUUUGGCAGUACAGUUGAAUUGAAAUAGAACAGACUGACUUUGGAUCCUUUGAAAUGUGAAUACUAGCGAUGUUACACUUUGUUCUAUACAGUGGUUGUAAAGCCAUACUGAACGGUUAUGUUCUUCCAGAAACACUGUCGAAUGUUUGUUUGUGUAUGUAGAAUGUGAGAUUGUAGCUGAAAUAAAAAGAGAUGUAUCUAUGCAAAUGGAACUGGUGUAAUUUUUUAAAAGCUUUACACAACAGACAGGUAUUUGACACAAAAUACAUUUUAUUUUAUAAUAAAUUCUUAAUGGCACAUGCCAUAACCAAAUAUACAUAUACAUCAUCUUUUAAAUGAUCUGUUAUUUUAAUUUGACUCUGUGCAAUUUUUAUUUUUAUUUUUUUUACUUAACAUUUCAAAAGCAAUAAAUUAUGACAGUACAAACACAUAUGCCAACACAUUUUAUGUCAAAGUUUGUCACUAUUAUACAAGAAUAUUUAACGCUCUCCGUAGUCUAAUGCCCUCACCAGUGAGUACAGCUGAAAACUAACAGAAUCAUAAGGAAUGAGGAGACACACACAUAUGUAAAUAAAUCCUUCAAAAAUUGUUCAAAAAUUAUUCUGGCAGCCAAAGUUGAAUAACAAAGCAUUUACAAAAAAGGACCUGAAAUUAAGAACCAUGCUAAUGUGUCUGUGCUUUCUCAAGUGUCUUUGAGAGCUCAAAAUGAAAGUAGUAGAAAAUAAUAAGCAGUAAAGAAGUAAAUAAUUUCCUCUUUUUUUUUUUGGUUCAAUUGUGCAAAUAUAUAUGCUCAAUAAAGUAAGCAAUAGCUACCAACCAAGUGUUGAACAAAUAUACUGAAGUCCUUAUUUAGAGAACUAUAAUAUACACUGAAAUGAACAGACCAAUUUUGCUUUAAAAAUAUAAUAAAAUGUGUCUUCGCCAUCCAUGAAAGCUUAUGUUUUCUUUUCUUUUUCCUUUUUUUUUUUUGUCAAAACUCUUCCCCCUUCACCACAAAUAAACCUUGGCAAUCUUCAUCUUUGGUUACCCUCAGGAAAGGUAAAUUUGACCUUUUCACAUCACUCAAAAUAACAGAACUGACUCAAUCCUCAGCAGAGCAGUUAGUGUACGGUAUUUUAAGGCUUAUACUGAAGGGCGGCGUUACAAGAGUCGAAAUGACCCGUAAUCUCUGCAAAAGACAGUACAGGUGCUUAUAAUGAUACUUUGUAGUCCUUAUCUCUUGUAACAUUUAAUGGCUGAGAACUCUUCAAGUAUUUCAAAUGGUUGUGUUAAUAUUGUGCAUCUGUUUUAAAAGCAAUUGCAGUUAGGCAAGAAUAGUUUCAACACUUCUUUGAGCACAACAUUUAUAAUGUUGGAAAAACAGACACAUUUGUUCCUUUUUUUUUUUUUUUUUACUAAGACUGGUGUUCAUUUCUGUUUU